AUGUCCGUCAACGAUGUACCCUCGUCGCAGACUGCGCCUGCGAGUUUGCCUGCAAAUGUGAUUACGCUCAAGCAGACGGCGCAGCUCGAGGCGCUUUAUACGAUUAUCCGCGACAAGACGACGAGUCGGGGUGAUUUCAUCUUUUAUUCGGAUCGCAUCAUUCGCUUGCUGACGCUUCUAGUUGAAAGCGCGCUGUGGCUCUUUAAUAUGGUUGAAGAAGGAUUGAACCAUUUGCCCAUCGUGCCCAAGACGGUUAUGACGCCCACGGGCGUCGAGUACAAUGGCGUUGGAUUCGAGGGUCGGAUAUGCGGUGUGAGCAUCUUGAGAGCUGGAGAGGCCAUGGAAGCUGGGCUCCGAGAGGUUUGUAGAAGUGUACGAAUCGGAAAGAUUUUGAUUCAACGUGAUGAGCAAACGGCGCUCCCAAAGUUGUUCUUUUCCAAGCUUCCAGACGAUAUUGCAACGCGCUACGUGCUUCUCCUGGAUCCGAUGCUAGCGACAGGCGGCUCUGCGAAGAAAGCCGUCGAGGUCCUCAAAGAGGCGGGAGUCGCCGAGGAUAGAAUCAUCUUUAUCAAUCUUAUUUCUUCGCCAGAGGGUCUCAAGACAUUUUGUAGCAGCUUCCCGCUAUGUCGAGUGAUUACAGGGUGGGUCGAUAAAGGUUUAAACGACAAGAAGUACAUCAUCCCCGGUUUGGGAGAUUUUGGAGAACGACGAUACACGGCUUAG